UCGGGCUGAGCACUGUGGGAAGGGAGGAGGCGCCAUCUUAUGCCGUGUGAUUGAAGCCGCAGGAGUCGGCGCUUGUGGAGGCGGGCGGGCGGGCAUUCGGGCAUCGCCGGAACAAUCUGGAACAUUGGCUUGUACAGUUUUAUAUUUUUGCACGCCUGCGAAAACAACGGCACAUCCCCGACCCAGAGUGUCGCCAACUUGGCUGCUCUCCCGGCACCGAUUGCCUGUGCUGUAACCGGCUCCGGCCCGUUAGUGACAGGAUUUGCUGUUGUGCGGAAAAUCAAGGCGGCAUCACUGCUCUUGUCGCCUCCAGUUGACAGGAAAGGACCGUGAGUGUGAAGCAAACGGUGGCCGGUUUUACAAUCUGACGGGCGGACGGAGGAUGUAUGACACCAUGUCUACAAUGGUGUAUUUAAAGGAAGAUAAAUUUGAAAAACUCUCCCAGGAGGAGAUAAUUGGAAAAACAAAGCAGGUGAUUCAAGGGAUUGAGGCAUUAAAAAAUGAACACAACUCCAUUUUGCAUAGCCUGCUGGAAACCCUGAAGUGCCUGAAAAAAGACGAUGAGAUGAAUUUGGUUGAAGAAAAAUCCAACAUGAUUCGAAAGUCCCUCGAAAUGUUGGAACUUGGUCUCAGUGAGGCACAGGUUAUGAUGGCAUUAUCUAAUCACUUAAGUGCAGUGGAAUCGGAAAAACAGAAACUGCGGGCUCAGGUGCGUCGGUUAUGCCAGGAGAACCAGUGGCUACGAGAUGAGCUGGCAAACACACAACAGAAAUUGCAGAAAAGUGAACAGAGUGUAGCUCAACUGGAAGAGGAAAAGAAACAUUUAGAAUUUAUGAAUCAACUAAAAAAAUUUGAUGAAGAUCUUUCACCACUGGAGGACAAGGACACAGAUUCAUCCAAAGAACCCCUUGAUGAUCUUUUCCCAAAUGAAGAUGAUGAACCUGGGCAGGGAAUUCAACAACAACAUAGCAGUGCAGCUGCUGCAGCACAGCAAGGUGGUUAUGAAAUUCCAGCCAGACUAAGGACUCUACAUAACUUAGUCAUACAGUAUGCUUCACAAGGCAGGUAUGAAGUCGCUGUACCUCUUUGUAAACAGGCCCUUGAAGAUUUGGAGAAAACAUCGGGGCACGACCAUCCUGAUGUUGCUACGAUGCUAAAUAUUCUUGCUUUGGUGUACAGGGACCAGAAUAAAUACAAAGAGGCUGCAAACCUGUUGCAUGAUGCUUUGGCUAUUCGGGAGAAGACUUUGGGUAAAGACCAUCCAGCGGUUGCAGCCACAUUAAACAAUCUUGCAGUACUUCAUGGAAAAAGAGGAAAAUACAGAGAGGCUGAGCCCAUGUGUAAAAGGGCAUUGGAGAUCCGUGAGAAGGUGCUGGGCAGAGAUCAUCCUGAUGUGGCCAAACAACUAAAUAAUUUAGCACUAUUGUGCCAGAACCAAGGGAAGUAUGAAGAAGUAGAGUAUUACUAUGAGCGAGCAUUGGAGAUUUACCAAUCCAAACUUGGGCCUGACGAUCCCAAUGUGGCAAAGACAAAAAAUAAUUUGGCAUCUUGCUACCUAAAGCAAGGAAAGUUCAAGCAAGCAGAAACAUUGUACAAGGAGAUUCUCACUCGUGCUCACGAGAGGGAAUUUGGUUGUGUGGAUGAUGAAAAUAAACCUAUAUGGAUGCAUGCCGAGGAAAGAGAGGAACAGUGCAAGGGGAAAUCCAAAGAUGGCACCACAUUUGGCGAGUAUGGAGGCUGGUACAAGGCAUGCAAAGUCGACAGCCCAACAGUGACAACAACAUUGAAGAAUCUUGGGGCUCUUUAUAAACGUCAGGGCAAGUUUGAAGCAGCAGAAACACUGGAAGAAGCAGCUUUAAGAUCUCGUAAACAAGGUCUUGAUAAUAUCCACAAACAAAAAGUAGCUGAAGUACUUAAUGAUCCUGAAAGUAUAGAGAAAAGAAGAAGCCGUGAAAGUUUGAAUGUGGAUGUGGUAAAAUAUGAGAGUGGUCCUGAUGGUGGCGAGGAAGUGAGUAUGGGCGUGGAGUGGAAUGGGGAUGGAACUGGAUCUCUGAAACGUAGUGGUUCCUUCAGCAAGCUUCGUGCUUCUAUUAGACGCAGUAGUGAAAAGCUAGUUAGGAAACUGAAAGGUGGCAGUCCGCGAGAAAAUGAGCCCAAGAAUUCUGGAGUACCGUCAGCUAUCCAUUUCCCUUAUGCAUUCAGAAAAGAGCCUUAAGGUGAAGUUCCUUGUGCACAGCUAGAUGGAUACAUACUGCCACUGAACUGAACAAUGCUGCAUUUAGCCUGCCUGCUUCUCCCUGUUUUAAAGAUAAUUGCAUACUGGACCCAGAAAAAUAAUCUGGUAUCUUCAUCUCUUUAUAAUCUGUUAUUUAACAUUAUUUGUUGUAUUUGUUCUAGAUUUUUAGUAAAAAGGGCUUGUACUUUUUUAUGUCCAGUCUGGCUUUACACAUUAAUUGUAUGAGAUUAUUAGUAGCAAUUCUAAGUUACAGAAUUAGUUUGUGUUAUUUACACCAAUUAAAGUAUAUUAGUUGAAAAAUAUUAAGGAAUUGGACAGUAAGGAACCAAAAUGAAAAGCAUAAAAAAACUGGAGGAAAUCUGAAAUAAUAACUGAAGAUACUGAAAAGUAAGAUAAUAUCUGCGAUAAGAGAAUCAGAGUUAACAUUUCAGGUUAAAGACCCUGCGUCAGAAUUAGCUUUAAGAUGCAGAAAGUGUGGGAGAGGGAGAGGAAAGGGAAUAUUUCUGAAAGAAUGGGAGCAGGAUUGACAUGAGGAGAGGUUCUAGAUGAGGUCAUCCAGAGUGGAUUAAUGGAGCCAGUUAGAAAGUGAGAAUACAAACAAAAGCAAUGAAACAAAGGCAGUUAGAGAAUGAGAUCACAGAUGCCAAAGUUUGGAAGUGCAGAGUCAACUGUGUUAAUGCAACAGGGAAAACAGAGCCAGGAUCACAGAUGGACACCGCACAGCAGAAUUCAUAGUUUCAAAAUCUGGCAGAGAAAGAGAAUAACCUUAAGUUCAGAAGGCCGCAGUGUGCCCUGAGCAAAGAUGAGGUGCUUUUCCUCUAGUAUGUGUAGGGCCUUGUUGGAGCACUGCAGGAGGUCACAAACAGAAAGGUCAGAGUGAGAGAGAGAAUAAAAGUAGGCAACAAGAAGCAGCUCUAGAUCGAGAAAGAGCUAUCAAUCUGUCAAUCCUUUCCGUGUUGUGAGUUCUGAAAGAGGUGCACUAUCUUAACAGCACCCGCCUGAACAAAUUGCAGCCUUCCAGACCCUCUUCAUUCUACAACCUCAGCUAACAUAUUUUCUCAAUCAGUAUGGUCAGUUCUGCUGCUCCCCAUCCAUGUACAAGAUGAUCUCAGCUCCUCCCGUUAGCACAGUCUGACUCGUGUUCUACAGUUCCGCAUUUCCCAAUUUUUCUUUUCCUUUGUGUUCUCUGUCUAACUGCCCUGAUUUUCAGAUUUUGUUCCUAGUCCGGUUGCACAGAAACAGGCUCUUCAGCCCACCAUGUCCUUGCCAACCAUCAAUUCUAUGUUAAUCCCAUUUAUCAGCACUUGAUCUAGUGUACAUUUGGAUACCUCACAAACAUCAUGUGUAAAUCUUUGUAUGUGCCUGCACCACCUCAGGCAGUUUAUUUCAGAUUCCAAUCCGCAACGUCUGGGUGGAAUAUAUUAUUUCUCUGAUCCCCUCCAAAGCUCUUACCGUAAAACUGUGCCCUCCAGGUACCUUUUUGAUACCACAGUUGUAGGGAAAGAUUUCCUACCCGCUGCCCUAUUUUAUGCACCUAUUGAUUUUGCGUACCUUUAUUAGGUCCCCCGUCAGACGUCUCUGUUCUAAGGCUAUCCAGUCUCUCCCCAUAACAGAAAUCAAGAAUCUCUUCUGCACUCUUUAACUGCUCCCAAUAACUCAACUGAAUGCUCUUGUUGAUAGCUUAUCCCCAUGGCAUACCUUGCCUCGCCCUAUCCUUUUGUCCUAUGCAUCCCUCUCUUACCCUUUCCACAACUUAAAACUGGCUAGAUUUUUUUCCAUUCCAUUUGCACAACUUUUUUUUCCCCACAGACCCUGCCUGAUGUGCUAAGUGUUUCCCACAGCUUCUGUUUUAUUAUUAGUAAAGAAGCAAAAUAGUGCCUGUUUGCAUCACUGAAAUUUGUGAUAUUGUGAAACAAUCUCCAGUGUAAAUGAAGCGAGUCAUUUGAAAGUGGUCAGAGUAAUAACACACUAAGCAGACUUAUGACGGUGUGAAAGCAAUAGAGGACGUUUUGUCAAACCUUUUUCACCGAUCAACAGUUACACCUAGUGAAUAAAUAAUCACUUCAGUAUUUAAUUACACAUCUAAACAGCCAUAAUAUAAAAAUCUUCCUUCAUAUUCCACACGGUUUUAUUCCCCCACUGUAAUAUUCUCUUAAUAAUUCUUGUGAUGGAGCUGCAGGACCAACAAAGGAAUUGGAUUUUAGCAUUUUACUCAAAAUGUAGCAGUGCUUAGAUAUAGCAUAGGAGUAAUAUCAAGGAACUCGCUAAAGACAUGAACAAUUAAAUUUGUGCCCCAAACCUUGUUGAAUUGAUAAGUUUUUGUAGAGUAUAUAUUAUUUAAAAUACCAAUGAGAUGUAUAAAACACUUUAUAUUAGUCUUUCAUUAAAUUAGGCAGAACCACAGAUUGUAGUUUGAUAUCUUUCUUGUGCUGCGAAUCUCAUCCGAUCUGAUCUAAUUCCCCCCCCCCCCCCCCCCCUCUCACAAUCUCUGUUUAAUGUGCAUGUGAAAAAGACAUGGUCAUUUCCACUUUCACCGUGGAGCAUUGGAUUAAUUAUCAGAAUUGGAUUGUUGGUGAAAUGUCAGUGUCCUGUUUAUUUUAAAUGAUUGAUCCAAUAAACAACUUCAAUGCUUUAAGUAGUCUUCCCCCUAUGAGAAAGAUUUAAUAAAUAUAGAAUACCUUUUCUUGCCUUUAGGAAUACUCAUAACCAGGUGCCAGUUCUCUUAGCAAAGGACGAUAUUUUGUGCUGUAUGCAAUUACACACGCUCGACUAAUUCUCCAUUGCUUUACCUCAUUUUGAAUAUGUAGAGUGCUUAUGUAUGGAAACCAAUGCAUACGUAAUCAGUCAUUGGGAAGCUAUCAGAAUAAAAUCAAGUCCAACUCUAUUUUUCCUCUUCCUCCACAGUUAAGACGAAUUAAUAGGAAGAAAAAUAGAAAACUUGUCAGUGUUCAUUAUGUAACAGCAGAGUGCAAUUUCUGUAUAAUCUUCCCAAGAUAUUCAGAGGGGCAGCUGCAGGGGCAAUUUAUAUUUUAAUUUUCCCUCUGAAAAAUGUACUUAUUUUGAUGUUGUGCGUUUUUAAAACAUAUUUGACCCACAUUACAUGGUGCCCAUAUAUUUAGUGAAAGGCUGACUGCAACUGUUUGAAUAAGAGCAAUCUACUUAAAAUGUUGUUGACAUGGAAAAUGUCUUUCAUCAAAUUGAUGUAUUAAGUUGUGUGGGAUGUUCACUCUGAAAUGGUUAAGCCGUAAUGCAACAUUUAUAUAUUUUAUGGAGGUGCCUUUGUUUUAGAGAGUUGUUGUGUCACUAAAUUGUUCACUACAUUUUAGUUUUUAACUAUUAAAUACUGGUUAGCUAAUUGUGAACAUCAAUGCUUCAGUUUUUCAUUAUUAAACUCAAGUUUAGUACAGAUUCUAUUUUUUUACAACCAUUGAAGUAUCUACCUAUUUUGUAGUUUUUUGAGUACUGAUAUUACAGUGAAUGGUAUUACAUUGAAUAACAUUACAAUAGCAUUCAAAAAGUCAUACAAAAAAGAUUACAAGUUGGUUGAAUGGGACCAGAAUUUGUUUUUGUAUUUCUGUGACGGAAAGUGACCCCUAAAACACUCUACAUGCCAGCAGUCGUGUAAUUUCUGAGGGCGAUAUGGGGGGGAGGGGGGAAUACAGAUCAAAGAGAAAUUUUAAACAAAUUUGGGGGGAAAGGAA